ACACACAGCCACAUCUCCAAGCUCCCUCUCACACACACUGUUACACAUACACUACCAGGGGGAUUCCUCCGCCACUGCAGCCUCUGCUCCAGUCUCCACCUGGCUCCCAUCCUCACCGCUGGGGAGGUAGAAACCACCCGACAGCCACAGACAAACGCCGGGAGGCAACGCCACUGCAGCCUGGGAGGAUAGGCGCACAGCUGAGUUAGAGCGUGGAGUGAUGAAGUGAUGUGAGAGGAAGCUGCUCAGUUACUCCAGAUACCGGUCAUCUAAGCGCACGGUGCCAUGGCAGAGCGAUGCUUCCAGGGAGGCUGCAGGCUUCACACAUGUCUUUGACAGGGAAGGAUGCUGGAGUGCACAUGUGUUAGAUCCAGCAUGAGUUUUACUAACAGGCCACUUGUCUGAGUUCUUCUCUGACCCAUCAGAAGAGGCUAAAAGUACAAGAAAACAAGCAGCCGUUGAUCCAGAAAGGAUUCCUUUUCUAACCCUGUGUGUUCGGACCUCUGGGAGUUGAAGAAUCCAGCGAACGACUCGUUUAACACCCCGGACCCCCCCACUCACCUCUCAGCCUGCAGGAAGAUGGGAGUGAAAACAUAAAGCUGUUUGGAGUCAAGAGGAGCUCUUAAUGAAUUCCAGGGAAUCCUAAAACAAACAGCAUUUUUCAGUGACAGAAUUCAGCAGCCAUGUACUCAUUAGCUCUGACCAUCCGCCGUGUUUUGGCUGCUGCUUUGCUAUUGGCUGGCAGCCUGCAGUCAGCCAUUGAACCUGAGGAGGACGUCACGCCACGCAUCAGUUUUCCAUACAAUGCAAGGGAGAGAUCGGCCAAGAGAUUUUCAGUGGGUGGCGUCUUCAAUUACACCUCUCUGCUGCUCAGCCAGGAGGAUGACAUGCUGUACGUUGGAGCCAGGGAAGCGUUGUUUGCCCUCAGCCUCUCGGACAAGACCAAGCUGCAGAAGAACCUAACAUGGGGCACUCCUGCUGGAAAAAGAGAAGAGUGCAGCUUUAAAGGAAAAAACCUGGAGACCGAUUGCUUCAAUUACAUCAAAAUUCUCCUGCGGCUCAACAGCACUCAUCUCUAUGUGUGCGGUACCUACGCCUUCAGCCCCGUCUGUGCCUACAUAAACACAUCCACAUUUACACUGGUGAGAGACAAAGCGGGCGAGAUCGUGUCGGAAGACGGGCGCAGCCGCUGCCCUUUUAAUCCGGAGUACAAAUCCACCGCCAUCAUCGUGGAUGGGGAGCUCUACACCGGCACUGUCAGCAACUUCCAAGGGAACGAGCCUGUCAUUUACAAGAGUUUGGGUCAGGGAACGGCGCUGAAAACGGAAAACUCCUUAAAAUGGCUUCAAGAUCCGGUCUUUGUCGGGUCGGCUUACAUCGAGGAGAGUCAGCCGCCUGGAAACCGUGUGGGCGACGACGACAAGAUUUACUUCUUCUUCAGCGAGGCGGGGAAGGAGUUUGACUUCUUUGACAACACCAUCGUGUCGCGGAUCGCUCGCGUGUGUAAGGGGGACAAAGGAGGAGAGCGGGUGCUGCAGAAGAAGUGGACCACCUUCCUGAAGGCCCAGCUCCUGUGCUCCCUCCCCGACGACGGCUUCCCCUUCAACAUCAUCCAGGAUAUGUUUGUUCUGAAGCCCACAGGAGACAGCUGGGAGAGCACCGUCUUCUACGGCGUCUUCACUUCACAGUGGUAUAAAGGAGCGUCGGGCAGCUCGGCAGUGUGUGCCUUCAGCAUGGCUCAGGUGGAAGCGGCCUUCAGUGGCCGCUAUAGAGAAGUCAACAGGGAGAACCAGCUGUGGUACACUUACAACCACCCAGUACCGGAGCCACGGCCCGGGGCGUGUGUCACCAACCACGCCAGGCAAAUGGGCAUCCAGUCGUCCUUGCACAUGCCUGAUAAGGUCCUCAACUUCGUGAAGGACCACUUCCUGAUGGACAGCGUGAUCCGCAGUUCCCCCCUCCUGCUAAAACGCAGCGUCCGCUACACCCAGAUCGCCGUGCACAAGAUCCAAGGGAUAGAGAGAGCUUACGACGUUCUUUUUAUCGGAACAGAUGAUGGGAAGCUGCACAAGGCCAUCAAUGUUAACGAUAAGAUGCACAUCAUAGAGGAGAUGGUUCUGUUUGCAGAGCCGCAGCCCGUGCAGCACAUGGAGCUGGACUCUCAGCGGGGUCUGUUGUUCGUGUCGUCGUACUCAGGCCUGGUGGAGGUUCCCGUGGCUAACUGCUCCAACUACCUGAGCUGCGGUGAGUGUGUGUUGUCCAGAGAUCCCUACUGUGCCUGGUCAGGAUGGCUGUGCCGGGAUGUCAGGAUGGCCCCACCCGACAGCCACUGGCAGCAGGACGUGGAGGAAGCUGACACAUCAGCCAUUUGCAACUCCACCGCUCCCUUCCUCAGAUCUAGCAGACCAGCCGCUACUCGUGCAUCUCGUUGUAAGCUCAUUACAGUCCCGGCUAACACAUUUCGUGUCCUGCCCUGUAAGCUGCGCUCCAACUUGGCUCAGAGGAAGUGGCGCUACAGCGACGACGCCAGCCAGUUCCUCUACGCCACCCCAGAGGGGAACCUGGUGGUGGUGGCUCAGUCUGACAGGAUGGAAACCUACGAGUGCUGGUCUGAGGAGGAGGGCUUCCGCCAGCUGUUGGCUAACUACUGUGUGACGGCAGAGCCCCGCCAGGAAAGCAGCACUCUGAUUGGUCACUCGCGUACGCCUCACGUUGUGCAGCAGGAAACGAUGAUUCUGCCCGGCAAGUCUCGCGAAGAUCACACAAAGACGUACUGGAACGAGCUGAUCGUGGUGUGCGCUCUUUUGGCGUUCUCCCUCGUCGUGUUCUCCUUGUUCGUCAUCUACAGGAACCGUGAUCAUAUGAAAUCCAUGAUGAAGCAAGGAGAGUGCCCCAACAUGCAGCAGAAGAAACCCAGGAUAGUUGGAAAGCCCACGGAGAGCUUACCCCUAAAUGGGAACACCAUCCCUGUUUCCACCUCAGAUCACAAGGGCUACCAGACGUUAAACGACAACUACAUCUGCAGCACGCCCACUCACGAGUCCUCGCCGGAAAACAGCAAGAGCUUCUCCGAGGCCUCCGACAGGCGGCCGCUCAACGUAAAGGAGAGCCAUGUGGAGUACUCGCCAACCUGCCCGCGGCCCCGAGUGAGGCUGGGCUCGGAGAUCAAGGACUCCAUUGUAUGAGGAGCGCAGCGUCUCCGGAACAGCAUUUCCAUGAACGAUGUGGUUCCCAAAGGGAGGGAGAGGAAACCCCGACUUCCACCUACAUCACAGCACAUCUUAUUUUUAGUCAUCUUGGUUCUGUGAUCAGUGCAGAGGUCAUUUCGUUUUACCAUUUCCACUCCGAAGCCAGAGGUUGGUCUGGUUUGCUCCAGCGUUGGAGCAGAGGGUGCAGCAUAAACUCUCCCGUUUUAACCAGGAUACCGAACCAUGGCAGCUGCUAAGAUGAGCUAUCAUCGUUUCUGUCUUAUUUGAGCCUUUCGGAUGGACACCAAGACAUUAUGCGAGUGUGUGUAUGCUAAGGAGCCAAGAAAUAAAUAGAGCGCAAUGUUAAAAAAAAAACAACAAAACAUUUACCUAUAUCAGUAUGUUGGUAUGCAAUGAAUUAACUGCCGAGCCUGGAUGUCAGAUCAUUGAUAGUCGUCCUGCCAUGAAUGAGUAUCCUGCACAUUUUUUGUGGACAACACACAGAACCAAGCUACAGCUACCCAGAGUUCAGGGUAACGCGAAUAUUCUUAAAGUCAUUCAUUUUCAUCAAGCCCAUCGCAUUGUUCCCUUGAUCCUGAGAAAACGUGUGCUGGAAAGGUCUUGCCCUGACUCCGAAACACUGUCAUUUACCUCCUGAAUGUACGCUGUCGUCAAGAUUGUCCUCUUUGUAGAAAAUGUCACCGCCGAAAACCUUCUUAUUUGAGACCAUCGGUCUUAACCGUACUAAGCUGAAGGUGCCCCUACGAGUUGAUAAAUGGACCUAGAUGCUCGUUUUUUUUCAAGCAGAUGUGAAAGAGACUUCAUUCACACUGCAGAUCAGAGAGGCUGGUGGUAAAACAAGAGGGGGAACAUCUCUAUCUCUCCACACAUUCAGGGCAACGUUGAAACCAUCAUGUACUGUGCCAAAAAAAACAGAAAAAAACUUGUCUAAAUGCAAUAGUGCCAUCCUGUCAUGACCAUCUCAUGGUUUCUGUUAGCAUUGAUCAAUGUCAAAGUAUUGCGGCACUAAUAAUAAAUAAAUGUGAAGAUCAAAUUUUGGAGGAUUUCUCCAAGACUGUUAGCUCAUAGCAAACUGUGCAAAAUGUGUUUGAGCAGAAUAAGUGAUCUUCAUGUGGGGCCAAAGGUUGACAUGGCGUGUGUAGAUGCCAUGUGGUUGUCAAUCAGUUUUCCUUCUGCCUUCUUGCUGACAUUACAGAUGCAAAUACGGCUAGGCUUAACUAACUUUACAGCCUUCUUGGUUAGCUUUAGCUCCAGUCAUACAGCUUCAGAUUGAUGUUGCUGAAGGCGACAGAUUGAAGCUGGUGUUCUGUCUUUUACAGAAUGUAGUGCUUUCAUGCCUCUUGAACUUUUCCACAUGUUUUCAUGUUGCAGCCAAACACGCUAUAUAUCUUUUGUGGGGAAUUUGUGACUAAUCAAUAUAAAGUGGCAUAACAUGGCUAAAGCAUUAUUAGACAAAGUUUGCUACAGGUUCUCAGUUUAAUUUUGGGUCCAAACUUUUUAUUAAUCAUUUUAUCCUUUUUUGGUUUUUGUUUCUUUUCCUUGUGGAAGGUUAUUUUUCUUAAAAUCAAAAUCAAGUCUUUUAAAUGCUCCAGUAUUAAUUUGUAUUUACCUCUGGCCAUAUUCUCAUCAACUCUGUCCAACUUUCCUAAAUCCUGCUAAAAACAGGAGCCCCACAGCAUGAUGCUCCCCCCACCUUGUCUGUCAUUGUGGAGGUGAUGUUACACAUUGCAUUCUGCAUGUUAACCAAAAAAACAUCAUCCAUAUGUUUAUCAUUUCUCCCAUGUGUCAUAUAGGACAAUUUUAAAUUGCAUUUUAAUUUCUUCAUAUUUCUAAAACUAUGUUCUUCUUGGCAUCUUCCAUUUAUACACUGGAUCAUUGUUUUUGUAAUCAUAUCUUUAUUUGUAAGAAAAAAAAAUAUAUACAUGUAUAUUCCUUAUGGCUCCACAAAAACAUCCAAAAAACAUGUAAACAUGUGACAAAGUUCAGAAGGUGUGACUACUUCUGUGAGGCCCUGUAGUGAUGUAGAUUCACGUUUUAUACACCCCCAAUAUUUCCAGGUUACAUGUCUUAUCCACAUGGCAUUCACCACACUCAUUGAAAAGCCAAGGUAAUGCUAUUGUGAAAGCACAGGUAAUCAGGGUUAAAAUAUUUGCACAUUUCUCUUCAGUUAAAUCAUACAGAAGUGAAUGCAACUACUGCGAGCAGAAGUCUUAACUGCUAAGGAUGAGAACUUCUUUAGGGACGUCAUUGUACGUCUUAGCACUCCGUCAUAUACAGACUCUCGAGACUUAAAAACCAAAUCUCCAAAGAAGUCAAAAGCUGAUAAUGUUGCCAGUCUUAGUGUGAAUCAUUUACAAUGUGGUGACAGUAUCUUAGAAUACAUAAUGAUUUUUAUUACAUUGAUCAAGUAAGAAUACAGUAUAUAUAUAUUCCAGUAUUCAAAUACUAUUUUGAACACUGAGUAGAUCCAAAAAUGCUCUGGAACGGCUACAAGUUGACAAAGUAAUGGCACAGCAUACUGCACAACAAUGCUCGGCAUAUCCUCCUUUCCAUUUGUGUUUGGUUUUUGUGUAAAUACAGUGCCUGUGCUAAAUAUUGUGUGUUGUUAAGGGACGUUGUGCAAGAUGUGUCGUAGAGGUAGUCUUAAAACUAGAGAUUGAACACUGAGUAUUUUUAUUUGAUUUUAUUUUUGACAUAGUGCUUUACUGCCAACUUGAGGAAAUACAGAUUUCAACGCACCAUCCUUUCAGCACCUUACCUGUUUUUUAUCAAGCGCCUCAAGACAGGAUACGUGUUUUUUAGAUUCCUAUCAUUUUUGUUUUUUUACUCGUCUUCUUUUUGGAGACGGUUGAUUAGAAACUUCCCACUCUGUGUAGAUGUUGAAUUAUAUAUCCUUUAGGAUUUUUUUGCUAAAGAAAAACAAAAUAAUAAAACAAAACCCAUUUUGUUCUCCACAAAAAAAGUUAUUUGAUUUUAAAUGAUUAAAAAUAAAAAAUAUUUGUUUUAGCUAGCAGCCUAUUAAAACCUGUGCUAACCAGUGAAGCU